AUGGGUAAUCUGUUUUCAUCUCCAGUCGAAUCGGCUCUUCAUUCUGAUCCAAAAAUUAUUGAGAAUGUGCAGAAGAACAUGAUCCAUGAAAGUUCGGAGACUAUGGUGUCUGUUCCUCCUGUUUCUCUUGAAGAUUUGAAAGAAUUUGAUUUUCCAAAGGCAGGUUGUACGCCGUUAUCGCUUAUUGGUUAUGACUUUCAGGUUGAACUCCAUUUACAUUUAGAUGGAGCUGUUCGUUUUGAAACUCUAUUGGAUGUGUCCAAAUCUCGUGGCAUCCCUAUCAAGAAUGACAAGACGGGUGAAGUAGCAACAACUAUUGAUGAAGUAAAGAAGAUGCUAAUUACUCACACUCCCGCAGAUUUGGCUCUUGUAUUAGCUCCGUUUGAAAUUUUCUUGCCUGUAGUCAGAGGUUGCGCACAUGUUGUAGAACGAAUUGCUUACGAGUUGUGUGAAGAUCAACAUAACAACGGCGUUGUCUAUUUUGAAGGAAGAUAUGCUCCUCAUCUUCUGUCUGGUGAUGAUCUUGAUGCAGCGGGUGUUAUUGCAGCCGUUAAGAAAGGAUUUGACAGAGGAGAGAAAGACUUCGGCGUCAAAGCGCGAUCUAUUCUUUGUGCUAUCCGUGGUCUUGAUGCAUUCACUGAACAAAUUAUAACCCUCGCUUCCGAUUUGAAACAUUUGGGAGUGGUUGGUAUUGACGUUGCGGGAUCAGCUCAUGGUGCUGAUGAACAAUAUGAGCCAAAUGUUGUUACAAUUUUCCAAGAAGCCUACAAGUUAGGAAUUCACCGUACCGUACAUGCUGGAGAGAGUGGCGGACCCAAAGAAAUGAAAAGAGCUCUCACUGAUAUGCAUGCUGAACGCAUUGGGCACGGUUAUAGAGUUAUGCGUGAGCCUGAUUUUUAUCGGGAGAGAUUCGUAGAAGAUAAAUCAAUUCAUCUUGAAGCUUGUCCUUAUUCCUCAGUCAUGACCGGAGCUGUAGAACUCGACUGGAAGCACCACCCAGUAGCCACUUGGGCUGCUGACGAUGUCAACUUUUCACUGUCUCGUGACGAUCCCACAUGCUUUGGAAAUACCAUGAACAGUGAGCUUAAGUUAGCUAAAGAGAGUAUAGGACUGACAACCCAUCAGUUGUGGAAGGCGCAACUAAAUGCAGCCCAUGCUUGUUUCCUGCCUGAAGAUGAAAAGCAACAACUGAUUGAGCAGAUUAAGAAUGCAGAACCUGCUCAAAUCUAA